UUCGUGUGAUUUGACACUUGUCACUUGACGUCUAAUUUUAUUGAAUUUCUCGCCUUGUCCUGAAAAACACAAAAAAUACUUUCAGAUUUUGGGCUCUGAAAGCAUAUUUUAAGGUGAAGAAUGGCUCUCAGAUUGACUGCUUCCCUCUGGAACAAAAGUGCUCUGCAGAAAUGGGCUUACAAUCUUGCAGGAUUUAAUAAAUAUGGUCUAUGCCGCGACGACCUGCUCCAUGAGAACGAGGAUGUGAAGGAGGCUCUCCGCCGGCUGCCCGAGCAUGUGAUCGACGAGCGCAACUUCCGCAUCGUGCGCGCCAUGCAGCUGUCCCUCCAGAAGACCAUCCUGCCCAAGGAGGAGUGGACCAAGCUGGAGGAGGACCAGCUCUACCUGACCCCCAUCGUCGAGCAGGUCAAGAAGGAACGCACGGAACGCGAGAACUGGGAGAAGGAGUACUAAACGCAAUAGUAAUUAUUGUUUAAAUAAUCUGUAAUGUACAUUAAUAUUUAAUAAAUCUAGCCGUUUACGUUAA